AUGACGCAUUUAAAAAUUCUGGUUGCGCUGCAGAAGAAAUGGCCGUUAUAUUUAUCAACAAAAAAUACAAUUCUCAAGCGUUAUGAUGGUCGGUUUAAGGACAUUUUCCAAGAAAUCUUUGAUAGUGACUACAAAAAACAAUUCGACGAUGCCAAGAUAUGGUAUGAGCAUCGCCUUAUCGACGAUAUGGUGGCUCAGGCCAUCAAGGGCUCUGGCGGAUUUGUUUGGGCGUGUAAGAAUUAUGAUGGCGACGUACAAUCCGAUAUUGUUGCGCAGGGUUAUGGGUCACUGGGUAUGAUGACAUCGGUGCUUAUGUGUCCGGACGGUCGCACUGUGGAAUCUGAAGCGGCCCAUGGUACUGUGACUCGUCAUUAUCGGAUGCACCAGCAAGGAAAACCCACUUCUACCAACCCUGUGGCUUCUAUAUAUGCAUGGACUAGGGGCUUGGUACAACGAGCCAAGUUGGACGGCACUCCUGAAUUGGAACGGUUUGCUUUAGCUUUAGAGGAGGCGUGUGUUGAGUGCAUCGAUAGCGGUAAGAUGACCAAAGACUUGGUUAUAUGCAUUCAUGGGCUAGCCAAUACAAAGGAAGGAAUGUUUUUACACACUGAAGACUUCUUACAAGCUAUUGCUGAACAACUUGAACACAAACUUUCGAAGUAAAGGGCAUUGAUACUGCUGUAGAAUAAAAAAAGAAAUUGCCAUGGGAUCUCCAAAUAGAAAGGAGAUAAAGCACAACGAUAAUG